AUUGUCCAAGAUGGCGUCCUUAGCGACAGGUGCCCGUUGUAAAUAGUGACAGUUUACUUGACAAUUGAGUGCGAGAUGGGAGUAACCGGCUGGUGGCUUUGACAACGUCGUUUACAACACACAGUCAUAUGAUCAUGGCAAGUGAGCCGGCAAAACGAGAAACUGAGGCUGUUGUUCCCUCUAAUGAGUCCCGUCUGAUGCCAACGGCGCCUCCAGGACCAAAUCUUCCAACAAUGUUCGGGGAAAUCCUAGAAACUAGUGUGACAUUUUGUGUGGAUACGUCAGGUAGCAUGUACAACUGCCUCCAUGUUGUACAGGAACAGUUGAUUGAAACUCUCUAUAAACAUGCACGUCGCGACCGAGACACUCUGUUUAACAUCAUAGAAUUUAACACCGAGGUGACUCAGUGGGCGGACAAGAUGGUGAAAUGUACGCCUGAAACUGUCGCAGUGGCUGCAGAGUGGAUUAACAAACUAUCAGCAAAAACCGGAACAAAUACCCAAGAUGCUCUCCUAACUGCCUUCAGUGACCCAAAGUGUCGAGCGGUGUAUUUAGUAACAGACGGUCUGCCUGACCAGCAAACUGAGGACAUUCUAGACCAUGUUGCCUAUGUGAACGAGAAUCGACCUGUCCACUGCAUCUACAUUUGUGAGAACAAAGCUGACGAAGCCGCAACCGAAUUUCUCGAAGAUCUGUCCUUUGAAACUUAUGGGUCAUUCCACAUUGUUACCAUGACGACUCACGGAUGUGUUGAGCGCAUUACCCCCGUGUACCGAACAGACCAUGCCCACGAACGUCUCAUUAGAACUGUGGAGGAUCAUGUUCGCCCCAACGUGAGAACAUGCAGCGUGACAACAACGCUUAAUGCUGAUCCUGAAGAUGCCCUCAAUCUACCCAGGGUGUCUGCUCUCAACCAGUGGGCCUUCCCACCUUACUGGUACCCAUUUCUUGGACCGUUUCCACAACGGUACUACUACCCACAUUACUGGAGCCGGUACCGCCCGGCGAAGGCGUGGUUGAAGGCCCAGGACUCGCUGUUCGACCCCCUGGAUCUGUCCCCUGCCGCCGGCGCUUUGUUGAUCGGGAAGAGAGUGAUGGCGCGGAGAAUAGAUGAUGGAUACUUUUACAUGGGAACUGUUCAGAGUCAGAUUCUCCAGGACAAAUUCCUGGUAGGUUUCGGCCCCUGUAAGCAUGGCAAGUACAGGGACACAUCGUACCAGGACACCUACGUCUACGAUAUAGUGGACCUGAUAGAUGCCAAGCGGCACACCAUCCUCACAGGGGACAGGGUGCUGGCCCCCUGGGAACCUGAAGGGGAGCGGUACGGCCCCGGGAUCGUCAUCGACGGACAUGAGCGGAGAGAUGCUGACGGGCCUGAUGACAGCCAGAUGACAGUUACAUUCAGCAAUGGCAAGACAGAGAAAGUCCUGGAGGACCAGGCAGUCUGGAUCCCGGAACCAGUGUACGAGCGUCUGGCGCUGGAGCUGAAGAUGCCUCGAGAUGCCCGGGAGACCCUCCAGAAGGAAGAGAACUACCCCCAGGACUCACUCCCGGGAUACCCUGGGUCCGGACCUGUUGCCUACCCACCAGAAUUCCCCCCAGCAAACCCCCUCGUCGUGGACACAGAGCCGGUGUUUAUGGACCGAGGCCUGUACCGAUGCCCUCCUUACGUUCCCACAUAUCCGGUCGUGCAUCAGGCGAGGCGCCAGAAGGCCAAGGCAGCUGUGAAAAGUGAGGACAUGGAUGCUGUUAUUCCUGGAACGAACAUGACACGCAAGGAGCUGCAGGAUAAAGUCUCGUCUCAGCUCAACGAGCUGUCAGAUGAGAAGGAGGAGAAAGUGGAGUUGGAUGAGCGGGAGAUUGAGAAAGUGAACCGGAGGAAGAGGUUGCUGAAGAAGCGUGAGAAGCAGUUUGCAAACUCUUGCAGGAAGUCUGUUUCCUUUGACGAUUCUGUCCAAGAAGCCUAUUUCCGUAACAAUGAUGUCCGCUUGGAGGAUUUUGAUCUUGGUGAUGCCGACAGUGGGUACGCAACAUCGCCGGACUUGAGCGAGGAGAGGGAGAAGCUUGAGAGGAAGAGGCGAGAGUGUGAGCAGGAGAGACGUCUUCUAAUGAGGGAGAGAGAGGACCUGGAACGAGAAAGACUGCGAGAAAGGGACGUUGGUGUCAACAUCGACUCGAGUCUGCUGUUCAGGAAGACGCCACCAGUCGGCAGACGGCCUCCAUGGAGGUACUGGAAACGGGAUCCCAGUCCUGGAGGGAGGAAGGCCAAGUCUGCAAGCGGACCUUUCAGAGAGACAGCUCUGCAGGCUCCACUGGAAGCUCGGGAUCAGAGGAAUGCGGCCAUCAACUCAGUGGAGUGGAGAAGCCCAGUGUUCAAGUAUGUGGAUCCCCAGGCAAGGGGAGACUACUCAAACUCUGUGGAGCUGCUGUUGAAGAUGCCCAAACCUCCCAGCACUAAAGUUGGCAGUGUCCCCAUGGAUGGGGAGGGCGUGGCCAGUUCCCUAGGAUACAGGAUAAUGACUGAGCAUGACAUAACUGUAGCUAGGCGGGAAUUCAGACGCCAGCAGAUCAUUAAGCGACGAGGCGACUGGCAGACGCGUCUGGCGGAGGAGAACAGCAUGAAGCUGGCCAUGCAGGACCAGCACCAUCACCGCAUCCUGGAACAGCUGACCCGUGAGCGCGACCGCCAGCUGCAGGAACAAAAGAUGAUCGCAAAUCAGCGGGAAGCCAAGAAAAAGGUCAGCGUGGAGUUGAGACAGAGGAUCGAGAAGAACCAGCAGGUUGAGGCCACUAGGGAAGAACAGCGCAUCUCGGCACUGAGGAACAGGCGGGAACACCGGGAGGCUUUGCAGAAACAGCAUCAUAAGGAGGUCGAGGCCAUCUCGCUCAGGAGACAGCAAAUCAAAGUUCAGCGAUGCCAGGCCCGAGCUGAUGCAUACGCAGCUCAGCUAGAUGAGGAAGACUCCAUGUCGAGUUCCCAGAUGAAGCAGGCCCAGAGUGCUAAGGCAAAUCGAGUCAACCACUUCCGCCAUCUUGAGGAGGAGGCCCAGCGGAGCAAGGACCUGCGCAUGAUUGUCACCAACAUGCAUCAAUCCAUGCUGAAAUCACAGAUAUUCCCCUAGAAUGAUGAAAUCACAGAUAUUCCCCUAGAAUAAGGAAAUCACAGAUGUACCCUUAGAGGAGUGUUGUCACAUUUAUCCACCUAGAGCAAGAUGACAUUUUGUUGUUGAUAUUUAAACCCUACCUACUUUUCACCUUGCUGCAAACUGUCCCAACUUCAUGCACUUUCAAUUGGAAUGCUUGAGAAAAGGCCUUAUAUACUUG